AUGACGAAAAAUCCAUCGGCCGUCGUGGAUUGUGUGACGCUUGUCGAUCUACCAGGAAUGAACGGGAGGGAUCCAGAGGCGGCGAUGAAACCUAAGAAGCAAUCUCUAGGCUUUGUCAACGGGUACGCGGUGCCGCAAGAUGGGCGCGCAAGCGUGAUUGUGGCCCCUGCGAACGCAUUUGAGAAUGCGGAGCCUCGAGGCCAAGUCAAGGAGUACACGCCUGAAUUCGUCAAGACAUCGGGUCUUGUCCUUCGAUUCAACGCGACGUUCGACGAGGCGGUGGAAAACAGUCAAAGUGAACGUGUACGGUCUCGUAACUUUGUCGUAUACUUCUUCGUCGAGGACGGGACGAUCAAAAUCACCGAGCCUCGAGUGGAGAACAGCGGACUUUUGCAAGGAGCGUUUCUGAAGCGACACGUCGUCAAAGGCGUGACGCUGAACGAGUUGAACGUCGGCGCGAUGAUCAAAAUUUACGGUUUUGAAUUCAGACUAUACUCGUGCGAUGGAUUCACUCGCGGAUAUCUCGAUCACUUGGGCGUCGUAGUGCCGGAAGACGAGGAGGAACCGAACUGUGAGGAUCCGUUGCGAGCGAAGAACGAGCGUCAGCGUCUUGGUCCUGUUCGAUCGUUCAAGAAGGAUGCACGAGGUAAAUUUCUUACGCACGACAAACAAGUCCUUCGAUUCUACUGCGUUUGGGACGACAGAGCGAAGUUUGGCGACAGGAGAAAGUUUAUCCUCACAUUUUUCCUUAUCGACGAUACCAUCGCCAUCACCGAAAACGAGCACGCCAAGGGAAGUCGAGGUGGAAUGUCAGCCACGCUCUUACACAGAUGUCGUCUGCCACUGCGAGACCAAGACGCCGUCGCGCGUGGUCCCGCGGACGAUGACUACGAGUACGUAACUGCGGAGGAUUUGAACAUCGGUGGAGUUGUCAGAGUUUACAAGCGUGACUUUUUCAUCUAUGACUGCGACGAAUUCACGAAGACGUGGUACCUGUCGAACUUCGAAAUGUCAGAGUCGAGAUUCAUCGCUCGCGACGUCUCGGAGCCCGAGGACGCACUUCCACGCGCGGAGGUCCCUGAGCACACCGGUCUGGCCAUCGGCAGCGAGGAAGAUAGCUUGCAAAACUGCAUCGCGCUCGUUCCGAAACCGCCGCGCAAGAAUGUCGCUGUGGAUGAGGGUGUCAUCCUUCAAUUCCGCGCGGCUAUGGUACCAUUCGAUGGCGUUGGUGAUGUCUCUGAGUUCGACACGGCGCGUCAGUUCGUCGUGAGUUUUCAUGUGUCGGAUAAGACGAUAUCAAUCUUCGAACAGGCGUCCAAGGAUGCGUGCUCGAGCAAAUUUCUCGAGCGCGCCAGGGUGCGAAAUGUCGACAACGCGCAGUUUUACGACGUCGCAGACAUGCGCAUUGGUUCUGUGCUCAAAAUUCAUUCGCGCGCAUUUAAACUCUAUGAAUCGGAUCUAUACACGGAAAAGUUUAUUCUCGAGAGGUUUACGUAG